UAGAUUUUUUUUUCUUUCGUUUUUUUCCUUUAGGUUGAUAUUCCGAAGCGUUUGAGAGGGGGGCAUUUUACACAAAUUAAACAUGCUGCUCUGCUUCGCCCUAUAAGCAUCCUAGGAGCCUGUGCUUACCAAUCAAUUGGCACAGUCAAACCGAGGCGCAGCCUGCGUGAGAGUGGAGACAUUCAGUCUCAGUGUAUUUCUGGAUAUUGGGGGAUCUUUCUACCAUGUCAUAUCCACAAUUUGGAUAUCCAUACUCGUCUGCUCCACAAUUCCUAAUGACCAGCAACUCUCUGACCACUUGCUGCGAGUCCUCGGGCAGAUCCAUAGCGGACUCCGGCGUAGCGGCGUCCGGCCAGACCCCCGUGUACUGUCCCGUGUACGAGAGCCGGCUGCUGGCCACGGCCCGGCACGAGCUGAGCUCGGCCGCCGCGCUGGGCGUGUACGGCGGCCACUACACCGGCGGACAGGGCUACGGGAACUACGUUACAUACGGCACGGACGCGUCCGCUUUCUACUCGCUGGGAACAUUUGAUGCUAAAGAUGCCACAGCUUCUGCGCAUGCGGGAAUAACCCAGGCAGCUGCCUAUUACCCUUAUGAUCCUACCUUGGGACAGUAUCAGUACGACAGAUAUGGCUCCAUGGAUGGGGGGACAAGGCGUAAGAAUGCCACCCGCGAAACAACCAGCACCCUGAAGGCCUGGCUGCAGGAGCACAGGAAGAACCCGUACCCGACCAAAGGGGAGAAGAUCAUGCUGGCCAUCAUCACCAAAAUGACGCUGACGCAGGUCUCCACCUGGUUCGCCAACGCCAGGAGGAGGCUCAAGAAGGAGAACAAGAUGACGUGGCCGCCCAGAAACAAGGGCUCAGAGGAAAAACGAUAUGACGAUGAUGAGGAUGGGUCUCAGGAGGAGCAGAUAAAAAGCGAAAAUAAUGAGGAUGAGACCAGAAGUCGAGCUGAUAAGGACCUACAGCUGAGCGAUUUGGAUGAUUUCGACCCGCUGGAGUCGGAAAACUCCGAGUGCGAGCUGAAGCACCGGUACCACAUGAACACGCACAUGUCGACGACCACAGCCGACUGCCCGCCCGACCACCUCAUCAAGAACGCCUCUCUAAAACUCUCCAUCCCCGUGUCUCUCGGAGGGGAGCAGGACUUGAGCAAAAGCUGUCUCAAAACGAGCUCGGAGGAUUACCAGGCGGUGGACAGCAGACAGCAGCAGGAACAUGAACAAGGCCACCAGAUUCUAGACGGCAAGCCCCGGAUCUGGUCUCUGGCGCAGACGGCGACCUCGCUGAGCCAGACGGACUACCCGUCCUGCAUGCUGCGCUGCCCGCCGGCCCCGGCCCCUCAGCCGGCCUCCCUCAGCCCGGUCACCGGCCCGGACAACGGCCAGGACUCUCCCGUCACCACGCUGAGGAACUGGGUGGACGGGGUUUUCCACGACCCUUUGUUCAGACACAGCACUUUGAGCCAGGCUCUGACCAACACCACCGUCUCCUGGAGCGCCAGCAGCAAACAGCUGCUGGAGGCGGAGAGGAGCGUGGCGCUGCAGCAGCAGCUCCAUGACUCCAGCAAAGACAGUCCCAUGACUUUCCCCAAAACUAUCAACAAACUCUUCUGCUCCUAACGUGACCAAACCAUCUUUUAAGCUACUGUGAAAAAACAGAGACUUUUCUGACUGAAAGUCGGGUGGGGGAAAAAAAAAAGAAACAA